CUCGAACACCCAGUCUAUUAGAGAACACGGGAAGUGCCUCACACACUCCCUGCUGCUCCUCGGUCUCUGUCUCUUUGUACAUAUUUGUCGGGAAUAUAAUUUUCUCGGUCUCAUUUAUCACCAUGAUGAUUAGAAGACUUACGACAUUGUCCUUGUUGGCAUCAAUAAACAAGAUUGCUCCUGCUUGAAUUAGUUUUCAUCUUUAUUGUUUUUCAUUUUUGUACAUAGCUUUUGUCAAAUGAUUAGGACAUGUUCUUAAGAUAUUGGACCUUGUUUGAAAUUAUUGUUAUAACUACAUAGUACAGUACAGUACUGUACUCUACUUUACUUGGUUUGUGACUUUUAGUGUACAAAGAACUACAGUAGUUUGUCAGUGCCAAAUUAGUUUAAUUUCAACUUACUUUUUUUGUGGAUUCACCUUAUAUUAAAAUUGUAAAACCUAGUCACCAUGGAAGAUUCCAGUGUUACCGGAAUUGAAUCAUCAAGUGGAGUCUUUGGUAUCCCGAAGUGGAUGAUGAAGAAAGGAAUGAGAUAUGAGGUAGAUGACUUCAUAGUAUCACCCCCGUCCAAUGAGGAGGGGGGUUUCUUUCACCUACGCUACGGACGAAUGCCAAGUUCACGGACGCGCUCAUCCAUCCAUGACAGUGCCAACCAGGAAAUGGCCAUGACUGUUGAGGUUAGAGAUGGUGACACUGUCAUUACGGGCAUGAGCUCAUCUGAACACCUGGGCAACAUCGAUCCGUCUACUCUUGUCAUCACUGCAAGUGGUCUUUCUACUCCGACCACACCAGUUUCAUCUCCUGAAGUCAUUCCUGAAAAUCAAGCAGUUCAACCACUUCUUGUUUUGAACUUAAGAGAUUCUAAGUCUGCUGCUAUAGAUGAAGCAAGCAAAGCCAGUGCUGACUCUGCAAACACAAAACUUCUGGUCUUAUCAGAAGAUCUUCCAUUAAGUGGCUCCCAUGCUUCAAUAGAGGAAAGAUUUCAGGAAGUUUUGCUUUCAGAAGCAGGUUCCUCUCAAAUCAAGAGCAGGCCAGAACCUUCAGAAGCAGGUUCUUCUUCUCAAAUCAAGACCAGGCCAGAACUGGCAAUGAGAAUCAACCUUGUGGAGAAGGUUCAGACAGUUCCCAUCAUAACCUCACCAGAAAAAAAUCUUGGUAUUACAUCAUUGACUCCACUACCCAGUCCUUUAACCACUCCACAGACAUCACCUCAUGCCCAGCGCAAAGUUAUGGGUGUAGUAAUGGAAAGAACUAACAAGAGCACUUCUCAUAGCUAUUUCUGCACAAAGCCAUUCCAGGGUAAUCAGCAACAAAUUUCCAGCACAAAACCAGGCAUGUCACAAGAAGCUGGACAAGUUUCUCUCUCUUCGUCAUCUUCAGUAAUGACUCAGCAGCUUGAAGAUAGAACAAAAGCAUCUCAGUCAUUAGAGUCUGAUACAAAGCUUUCAGCUGGUAAACGUCGGCAAAAGCCAAAACCAUCAUCACUAAGAGAGAUGAAUUUUUGGGCCCCAACAUCUAUGUAAUUCUCAUCUUACAUUUUGUCAGAAGAAAUAUUUCUCUGGUUGUUCCUUGAUUUAUAAUGAAGUUAGUUUUUUUCAGCAAGCAUUGGAAUUUUGAAUUAGAUAUAUUCAUUUGGACCAAAAUUGAAGACUAAUUUACGACUCGUUCUCAGUUGCACCAAGUGGAGUUUAACAGGUAUUUCAAUAAUUAAUCAGCCAUCAGAUAUGUUUUUAGAUAAGGAGUGUAUGAUGGCUUUGUAUCAUCUUAGUAAAAUCACAAAAAUAAAUUUGGGUUUGGAUAUUCAUUUGGAGUCGUCAAUGUUUAGAUAUUACAGAUUUAUUGUGGUUCAUGAGGAAAAUUGGUGCUUAAUGUUGUAUUAAUUCAAAAUGACUUGUGGAAUCAUACUGAUUAUUUGAAGACUGAAAAUGUUUGCAAAACUAAUGGGAAGGUUAUAAAAUUUUAUGGUUAUAAUAAGUAAGUGUAUCUAAAUAUAUUUGUGUACAUAUAUGAAUUUAUAGUUGGACUUGUUACUCUUUCAGUUAUAAAGUAGUUAGAGGUAACCUUUUAAGGGAUCCUGGACUAUAGUUAAGAUAAUAGUUGAAAAUCUAUCACCAUAGCAAAAGAUGAAAUGAUUGAUGCUAGAUUCUUUCAUGAAAUUUUGCAAAUUAAAUUUAUUUUUUAGAUAAUGAAUCAAAAACUUAAAAACAGUAGACUAAACCAAUCAGCUGAGUACAUGUACACCAACAUAGCAAUGUCUGCUGUAUAUCUGUACUUUUGAAAAUAGUUAUGACACAAAAUGAUUUCCAAUUCUGCUUUAUUCUUCAUUUUUCUACUGUUUGUAUGUCUGAGACGUAGGAACUAUCGACAUGUGGAAAUACUAUACCAAGGUUUCCUCAACAGAUUAAUUAUUGAAGUGAGUUGAGAGAAUAAUCAGUAGUUAGAAGAGUUUGCCCAAACCUAGUUAACCAUGGCUGGUAGAAUGUCCAUCAAGAAGAAAUUUUUGCUUUUAGCAACUACAGCCUUUGUGACAAAAGGUAUUAAUUUUUGACAAACUUUUCGGUUUAUUUCCAAAAUUACUAUUAUUAUUAUUGUUUUCUCAGUAUAUUAAGUUUUAUUGAUAAAUUUUUAGCCCAUCAUGAAAAUAUAGUCACUGUUUUCAUGUUACAGUACCACCACACACUUUGGCUUUCUCCUCCGUGUUAUCUCAUGUUACAUGUAAGUGUAUCCUUCCACCUCAUGUUCAGCCUUAUUUUACAACUGUGUCCUAUCUUAAAUUCAUUUCUGCCUUUCUAGAUAAAAUUUCUGGCUGUACCUGUGCUUAUUUAGGAUUUUAUUUUUAUCCUACAUGAAUAAUUUUCACAAUCACACACUCAAGUUAACAGGAAUCAAAUUUCACAUUCCCACAAAAAAAGAGAAAAAAGAAUUCUGUACAUAAUAAUCUGAGUUUAAAAUUUUAAAUUUUAAAUGUUUGGAAUCAUUGGUAUAGGAUUGAAUGACAAUAAUUUUUGUGCAAAAAAGACUGGAGUCUUUCAUGUUUUAUAAUAAUUUACAAUACUUGCACAUAUACUGUAGUCAGAAAGCAUUGUGAAAAUUAUCUGCAUUCAUAUUUUUUCUUCGUUUCACUUUACUUCUUAAAUAUGGAAAAUUUUCAAUAGUUUUCAAGGUACUGUACAGUAUUUACAGACAUCAAUUAUUUUCUUGAUUAUAAUACAUUGCAGUUGAGACAACUAAUUGCAAAAUUCACUGAUUGAAGUUGAGGGUACCUGAAGGCGAUAACCAUUCUUAAGUUAUAUUAAAACCAAUACUGUAUUGUACAUGAUAGAGUUAACCCUCUCGUGCACCAUGACGUGAAUCAUGGAAAUUGCAUCAUUGAACUAAAAAUUUGCCCCCAAAAAGUUUUCAAGAUACAGUAAUUGCAUCAUAGUUGAAUGUAUGAUCUUGCAAGUGAAGCUUCCAGGAAGUACCAAAAGGCUGGUGAAAUUCCGCUGUUCAUCAGUUUCCUCCUGUCAGCUGUGCUUGUAGGUUGCAUUUGUCUAUUUAUUUCCUCUCCCACCCUCCCCAUAAUUAGUUGUAUCAAAAUUCCAAAGCCACCAUUGGAAAUUUCAUAAAAUUAUUCUUCUAUAACUAUAAAGUACUAUACCUUGGUAUGUUUGUGAGAAAAUAUCCAAGAUAUGAUAAUGGGAACAAAUAUUUUUUCUUCUUUAUUCAGAGUGAAAAAUAUAGCUUUAUUCUCACCUUAUUUAUUUAUUUUUCUGAUUAUGUUAAAGCUAAAACAAUAAUGAAGCCAGUGAUGUAUAAGCCAUGCAAAAAAACAAAUAUUGUUGGAUAAAUUAGCUGCAGAACAAAGAUGACCAGCAGACCUUACAUGAGUGGUUACAUGAAUUUUGCUGUGGUUAUGGAAACUUAAAAAUGUAUUGUGUGCACGAGGGGGUUAACAAGGAUCAAUUGUGUGGAUCAUUCGUUUUGACUUGGACUGUUUAGUGACUUGUAUGAAGUCAGUGAUGCAAUUCAUCUUGGUUGGCAGUGUUUAAUGAAAACGCCUAGAUGAAUUGACAUGAAAGCUUAGGUUAUUUGCUGUUUUUGCCAUAUUUAUGGGGAAUUUGCAUUUAAUGCUUGCAAUUUGUCAGACCUUUGACCACUCUCCUAGGAUUUUUGUGUAUCUUUUGUUUAAGAUUUCAAUUGGAUGUAAAGUAGUAGUAUUGAACAGAUUUUUUUUUAUUAUAUUUUGGGUAAUGUAUACAUCUUGAAAAGGGCUUUGGUUGUCUUGUCUAUAUAUUAUAUCAUAUCUGGUUCUGAUGUCUUAAUGCAUGAUGAUAAAUAUCCAUUGUUUAUUAUAUGAAUAAAUAAAAGUGCAUUGAUAA